AAAUUCACAGCGGUAUGUACUACUCUACUCGACCACUACUUUAUAAGAAUUCACCCCCAUCCCUCAUUUCAAAAAAAUCUUUCCUAUAUUACUCUCCCUUCCAUCCUUUUUCCCUACUACAUAACUUAUGCAAUAUUAUAGCUAGCCAAUUAAUUUCCACUUCUUUUCUGAAUUAAUUCCACAUCUUCUCAGCCCCCGAAAAAUGAAAUCCAUAGAUCUUUUUUGUGCUUCUCCUGCUUCCACGGCCAUAUGUUCAAGCAUGGAUCAACGUACUAUGGUCCGUCAUGGCAUAAGACAUCAAAUUGAUCGUAAAAUCGACCGAUUAGGUGACCCACGGACACCAAAAAUCAAAACUCCGAUACCAUGUUCUUCUCAUCAACUUCCAUUCGAUCCGAAAAAUUACUACCAUCAAAAAAAUCAAAAGAGCCAAGAUGGAAAAUUACGUCGAAAAAGCUCAGCUGAUGUAGCUGACUUAGGUGGUUCCUCUAGGUACUUGUUAAGUGAUAGUACUACUCCAUUUAUAGAUUUCUUAUCAUCAUCUGAUAAUUGUAUUUCUGGUGAUGCAAAAGCUUUGGUUCCUAGCAAACCUGUAAGGGCUAAAAGUACCAAUGAGCGGCUCAUGUAUCGAUCUUCAUCGACUCGUUCGGUCGAAUCUCCGGUCUAUAAACCUUCAUCAACUUACUCAAAUGAUUUGUGUGUCUAUAAAUCAACCCGUUCAUGCCCCCGUGAACAGGUUGUGGAGUUGAGGGUGUCAAUCCACUGCAAAGGUUGUGAAGGGAAAGUUAGAAAACAUAUAUCCAAAAUGGAAGGAGUGAAAUCAUUUAAUAUAGAUUUGGCUUCAAAGAAAGUUACGGUCAUCGGCGAUGUGACACCCCUAGGAGUAUUGACAAGUAUUUCUAAGGUGAAAAGUGCACAAUUUUGGCCAUCUCCAACUACUUCUUCGUCUUCGUCUUCGUCCUCCUUUUCUUCAAUGGUCUAAAGAAAGUUGCUGUUAAAUUACUGAUGUAAUACUAUUGAUUAGUUUUGGAAUAUCCUAUAGAAGAUGAGUGUGCUUUUUUAUUUUUGGUUUAAAUUAAUGACUAAAAGUUUCAAAAUUAGUCAUUAAUAUAGUGUAUUUCUUAAUUACUUUACUAUAUAUACUAGAGCAGCAUGACCCGCACGGGCCCAACAUUAAGAUAUUUAUUUGUCUUUUCAA